AUGCCGGAAGAUAUACGAAAGACUCAUGUUCUAAACACAAUUGCAAAUUAUUUUGGUUUUGAUUAUGAUGCGCUCACACCAUUAUCUGAUCAUCGUGCAUUGGGUAAUUUUCUCGACGAUGCUAAUUGUCCUUUACUUUCAGCAACACGUGGUCAUAAACAUUCAGUUAAUCUUUCUAAUGAGAUCAAAGUAACGGAGGGUUCACAAUGUCUUGUUCAAUUCAAAGUUCGACCUGAUGUAAUAACACCAGAAAAUGUUCAUACAAAUAUUUUUUUAUCAUCAAUGAUCGAUUCACCAUUAGAUUCUCUUUAUUAUAUGAUUAAAUCUGUAUUUACACCUGCAUUACGUGAUAAUAAAUCGAAUUCAUCUACUAAUCAACAAAUUCAAACAUCAUUAAAUGAACUAGAACAAAUUCUACGUGCCGUAGGAAAAAAAAGUGAUAGUAAUUCAACAAUAGGAAAUGUAUUUCAUCCAAAAGAUGAAAUUAAUUAUUGGAUUGACAUUGCACAAAAUACAUCAAAUAGAUCGAAAGAUAUUGAACGAGCUAAAUAUUUUCUUGAAUUACUCGACCCAAUUAAAGCAGAUUUUAAUAAACUUGAAAAUUUGACUCUUACUGAAUUAGUCGAAGUUGUUGAUAAAACACAGGAUGCUUAUGAUGAAUUAUGGAAACAAGUUGAACACGAUGAAUAUCCUGAACAACGUAUGAAAAAUUUAUUAUCAAUAACAUCGAAUGCUUUUGUUCAAACAGUUCAAAAACAAUUAUCAAAUAUUGAUUUAUGGUCUGAUUCAAAAGAUUCAAUAAAAAGUCGUGAAUAUUUACGUAAUGGUGCUACUAUAUGUGAGCAAUGGUCUCUUUCUAUUGAACGAUUAACAGGUACCUAUUGGCGUAAUUAUAAUCCACAUCCAUGGAAAGGUGAACCAUUCAAAGCAACAUAUUUACUACAAUUUAAAAAACGUUUAAAUGAAAUCAUAAGUAUUCGUUCAUCAUACGAACAAAGUAUACGUUUUAGUUCAACAACAAAUAAAGAAAAUUUGUCACCAAAAAAAGUUUUUGCACCAUUUAUGAAUCUCAAUGCAAUACAAAUUGAUCCAUAUACAGAUUCUCAAUGGUAUUCAGCAAUGAAUCAAUUUGAAAAUUUAAUGACAAAUACAGAUCGUGAUGUUGCAAAACAAUUACGUGAACAUUUUCAAACAAUACGUUCAAAUCCUCAACAAAUGUUAGUUGAUUUUAAACGUUAUAGUGAUUUAAUUCAACGUGAAACCAUUCGAAAAGAUUUAGCAUCAGAACGAGAAUUACUUUUAGGACAAUUAGAAAGUGACAUAAGAACUUUAACAGAUGAAUUUAAUAAUUUAACCAAUGGAAGAAUGGGUGUUGGAGGAAAAAAAUCUAUAACAAGAGGCGUCAAUCGAACAGUAAUUGCAGGAUUACUUGAUGCUAGUCGACAAAUUGAAACAAAAGUUAAUAAUAUAAUCACUGAUGGAGAAAAAUUAUUAGGUGAUUUAUCAGGUUAUGCGCGCGUAGCUUCACUUGCUAAACAACUUAAACAAGAUUUAAUUAAUUGGCGGAAAGAUAAAUUUCGAGAAUGGUGUCAAGAUACAAUACAUGCAAUUGAUGACCCAAAACAAGAAUUAAGUCUCGAAACAAGUGGUCGUUUAAUGGAACUUGAUUCUCGUGAUGGUAAAUUACGUGUACUUUAUGGUGAUCGUUUAGUUACAUUACUUAAUGAAGUUCGACAAUUAUCAUCACUUGGUUAUGAUAUUCCAUCAAAAAUUAUGAAAUGUGUUGAUAUUGGAAAGAAAUUUUAUCAAUAUGGAGUUGAACUUCAAGCUGUAGCACAUUUUUAUAAUACAAUCGAUACUGAAAUGAUUCCAAGUCAACAAUCAUUGAUGCUUGAUUUAGCGAAAAGUUUUGAACGUCUUGUUAAAGAUCCUAAAGUAUCACAACGUGGUGGUGGUGGAGAUUCGAGUGGUCAAAUAACUUGGGAUAAUCCAGAACAAUUAACGCGGUACAUAUCAACUCUUCGUGCAACAGCAGAAAAACUUAAAACAGAAAAUUUAAAACUACGCCGUCAUCAUUUAACAAUUCAACAAAUUGUUUGUUCAUUAAUGAAUACGGAUUUAUUACGUGAACCACAUAAAUGGCAAUAUCAAGUACAAGAAAUUCGAAAAAUCAUGGAUACAUUAACAAAUGAAGGUUAUGCAGCAAAAAAUAUGAAACCAUGGAGAGCAUUUUGGGAUAGACAAUUAUAUAAAGCACUUGAACUUCAAUAUUCAAUGGGUUUAAAAGCAUUAAAUGAAAAUUUACCUGAUAUUAAAAUUGAUCUUGUUUUUGGUGAAAAAUCUGUUCAAUAUAAAUUACCAAGUUCUCUUCAAGCUCAAUCAAGUAUUGAAGCAAUAAAAGCAACUUAUUAUCAUGAAAUGAAAAGAUUUUUAUCAAUACCAUUAACAUUUAAAGGUUGUAGUGAUACAUCAUCAUCUGGUAAACAUUUAAUAUUUCAAAGUAUAAUGUCACUUCAUAGUGAUGAUAUUGUUGCAUGUUUUUAUACAUCAAAUGAAUUAUUUGCUAAAUUAGAACGUGGUUUAAAUCAAUAUAAAGAAUGGACUGUUUUAGGACAAGUUGAUAUUGAAGAAUUAGUAGAAAAAAAUUUACAAGAUGUCGAAGAUUGGGAAAGAAAUUUUAGAGCAUUAAAAAUUCGUGGGCAAGAUGCUGAAAAGUUACCAAAUGAAGUACGCUAUGAUUGUUUUGUUGUUAAUGUAAAUCCUCUUAAAUUAACAAUAGAAAAUCAAUUACGACGUUUACAUGAUUCUAUGUUAAGCUAUCUAAAACGUUCAAUUGUUCGUGAUGCAAAUACAAUUGAUACUUUUGUUGAUCAAGGUCUUGAAACUUUAAAUGAUCGUCCACAAACUCUUGAUGAAAUUAGCGAAUCAUAUAAAAAACAUGAAGACUUAAAUUCUAAACGAAAAGAUAUUCUACCAUUAUAUCAACGUCUUGAAUCAAAAAAUAAAUUAUUACGUUCUGUUGCUGGUAGUGGUCAUGAACAAUUAAUUCAAUUACAAUUAAAAAUAGAAAAAUUUGAAUCAAUGAUGAAUUCACAUAUUGAAUUAAUAAAUGAACAAAAAGAUAUUUUGAAAAAAAAUAUUCAAUCACGUUAUGAAACAUUUGUAAAUCAAUGUGAAAAAAUUAAAUUACGUUGGCAACAAUUUCGUCCACGAGAACAAGAUAUGGAAGAUGAAAAAAAAUGUCGAGAUUCAUUAAAACUUGUUCGUGAAAAAGAACAAGAAAUUCAAGAUUUAUUAAAACAAAAAGAAAGUCUCAUUGAAGAAUUUAAAUUAUUUGGUAUGGAUUCACCAGUAUUUCAAGAUUUAGAUGAAGUUAAUGGUGAUAUAAUGCAAAUAAAAAAUGUCUGGGGAGUCUAUGAAGAAUAUCAACAAGAAUUAAAUGAUUUAAUUAAAGAAGAUUGGGUAACAUUUCGAAGUAAAACAUAUCGUUUUGAUGAAUUUCUUUCUAAUUGGCAAGAAAAAUUAAAACAAUUUUCAACUAAUGAAGCAACAAAAUCAUCAAAAAAGAGUUCAACUAGUAAUAUGAAUAUUCGUAUACAACAAGAAAUUGAUAAUUAUCGUUUAAUAACACCAUUAUUUAAAUGGGUUAGAGGUGAAGCUUUAUCACCUGACCAUUGGUUAGAAUUAUUUCGAAUACUUAAAAUGCCACGUGGGACAAUGUUAGAACGAUUAACAUUUGGUGAUAUAUUAAAAGCACGACAAGAAAUUGCAAAUAAUGCUGAACAACUUAAAGAUUUAAAUACACGUGCACAAGCUGAACAUACAAUUCGAGAAGCCUUACGUGAAUUAGAUAAUUGGGGUGCUGGUGCACAAUUUUCUUUAACAGAUUAUAUUGAUACAAAACAAAAUAAAAUUCAAAUUAUUAAAGAUUGGAAAGAUUUAUUUACACAAAUUGGUGAUAAUCAAAGUCUUUUAUCAUCAUUAAAAGAUUCACCAUAUUACAAAAAUUUUGAGGGUCAGGCACAAGUAUGGGAACAACGCUUAGGUAUUCUUGAUGAAUGUCUUCAUACUCUCAAUCAAAUUCAACGUAAAUUUGUGUAUCUCGAACCAAUCUUUGGCAGAGGUGCUUUACCUAAAGAACAACAUCGAUUUCGUGAAGUUGAUAAAGAUUUUCGUGAAAUCAUGUCGGAUAUUGCAUCGAAUCCUCGUUUAGUUGUUGUUGCACAACGAAAAGAUUUAUCAAAUCUAUUAAAAACAAUGCUUGAUCAAUUAGGUCGUUGUCAAAAAGCACUUAAUGAACUUCUUGAAGAAAAACGUUCAAUAUUUCCACGUUUUUAUUUUAUUGGUGAUGAUGAUUUAUUAGAAAUUCUUGGUCAAGCAACAAAUCCAACUGUUAUACAAUCACAUUUAAAAAAACUUUUUGCCGGUAUUCAUUCUGUUCGUUUUGAUGAAAGCAAUCAACAUAUACUUGGAAUGCGUUCACUAGAUGGUGAACUUGUUCCAUUAAUAAAGAAAAUUCGUAUAACAACAUCUGUUGAAGAAUGGCUUAAACAAUUAUCAAAAGAAAUGAUUUCAACAUUACAACAAUUAUUAACUAAUGCUUUACAAGAUUCAAGAAAACAAAUUGGUCAAGUACCUGUUGAAAAAUAUCCAUCACAAAUUUCAUGUUUAGCUGAGUCAAUUAAUUUUACUGAACAAUGUGAAGAAGCAAUUAAAAAUGGAGAAUUAGAAAAAUUUCAUAAUGAUAUUAAACAAAUACUUGAUAAAUAUACAAGUGUACAUAUUAAUACGGAUACAACUGAUGGUUUAGUAACAGAUUUAAAAUAUAAAGCAUUAAUUAUGGAUACUGUACAUAAUAUGGAUGUUGUACAACAAUUAAAAGAUGCACGAAUAAGAAAUAUUUAUGAUUGGUUAUGGCAAAAACAAUUAAGAUUUUAUUUGGAAAAUAAUAAAGCUGUUAUUAAAAUGGUUGAUGCUCAAUUUAAUUAUACAUAUGAAUAUCAAGGAAAUGCACAAAAACUUGUACAUACACCUUUAACAGAUAAAUGUUAUUUAACAUUAACACAAGGAAUGCAUAUGGGAUUUGGUGGAAAUCCGUAUGGACCAGCUGGUACUGGUAAAACAGAAUCAGUUAAAGCUCUUGGAUCGACAUUUGGACGACAAGUACUUGUAUUUAAUUGUGAUGAAGGUAUUGAUGUGAAAUCAAUCGGUCGAAUAUUUAUUGGUAUUUGUAAAUCUGACGCUUGGGGAUGUUUUGAUGAAUUUAAUCGUUUGGAUGAAGCUGUAUUAUCAGCUGUAUCAAUGCAAAUUCAAGUUAUUCAAGAUGCUUUAAAAAGUGGUGCAGCAUCAUUAACAUUACUUGAUCGUAAAAUAGAAAUAAAUCCAAAUUCUGGAAUAUUUGUGACAUUAAAUCCGGCUGGAAAAGGUUAUGGUGGUCGAUCAAAAUUGCCAGAUAAUUUGAAACAAUUAUUUCGACCUGUAGCUAUGUCAAAACCAAAUAAUGAACUUAUUGCUGAAGUUCUUCUCUAUUCGGAUGGAUUUAAAAAUGCUAAUAUUUUAGCAACUAAACUUGUUGCAUUAUUUAAUUUAAGUAAAGAACUUUUAACAACACAACAACAUUAUGAUUGGGGUUUGAGGGCAUUAAAAACUGUAUUAAAAGGUUGUGGAACAUUAUUAAGAAAUGCAAAAGCUAAUAAAAUUGAAAUCUCGUCCAAAUAUGAAUCUCAAUUAGUUGUACAAGCAGCUCGUAUCAAUACUUUGUCAAAAUUAACAUUUGGUGAUUCAAAACGAUUUGAUGGUCUUCUACAAGAUAUAUUUCCUGGUAUUGAUUUACGAGAUAUUGAAUAUGAAAAUUUACGACAAGCUUUACAUGAAGUUUAUAAAGAACAUCAUCUAUUAAUAAAUGAUAUGCAAAUUCGUAAAGCACUUGAACUUUAUGAACAACUUCGACAACGUAUGGGUGUUGUUAUUGUUGGUCCAUCGGGUUCAGGAAAAUCAGUUUUAUGGAAAAUGCUUCAACAUGCUAUGCAAAAAACAGGACAACAAGUUCGAACAUAUGUUAUGAAUCCAAAAUCAAUGCCAAGAAUACAAUUACUUGGACAUAUUGAUAUUGAUACACGAGAAUGGUCUGAUGGAGUAUUAACAGCAGCAUCGCGUGCUGUUGUUAAAGAACCACUUGAAAUUCAAUCAUGGAUUGUAUGUGAUGGUGAUGUUGAUCCAGAAUGGGUUGAAUCAUUAAAUUCUGUACUUGAUGAUAAUCGUUUAUUAACAAUGCCAUCUGGUGAACGUAUACAAUUUGGACCUAAUGUUAAUUUUCUUUUUGAAACACAUGAUUUAAGUUGUGCUUCACCUGCAACUAUUUCACGAAUGGGAAUGAUUUUUCUAAGUGAUGAAGAUACAGAUGUAAAAGCAGUUGUUCAAUCAUGGUUAGCAAAAGAACUAGAGGAAACACGUUCAUCAACUGAACAAUAUAUAAAUGAUUAUUUCUUUGAAGCAUAUAAUUGGAUAAUAAAACAAAAUGAUUUUGUUGUUGAAACAACGUUAAUUGGCACUGUUCUUAAUGGUUUAUCACAUUUACAUGGAGUACAUGAUAAAUCAUUAUUUGCUUUGGGCUUAAUUCGUGGUUUAGGUGGAAAUUUAAAUGAAAAAACAAAAGAAGCUUUUGCACGUGAAGUCUUUCGAUUAACAGGUGAGCAUCCACCUGAUCCAAGUAAUUUAUUAUCAACAAAAUAUGAUGAAAAAGCAAAAAGUUUAAUGACAUAUAUCAAUGAUGAUAAAUCUGAUCUUACAGCCGAUAAUUUUAAUAAUAUAUACGAUCUACCUGUUAUUCGUACAGUUGAUAUUCAACGUUAUCUUGAUUCAUUUCUACCAUGGCUUGAUAAUAAACAUCGAAAACCUUUUCUUGUUGUUGGACCUGAUGGUUGUGGCAAAGGAACACUUCUACGUUAUUGCUUUCGUCAAUUACGUUCAACACAAGUCACAAUUUUACAUUGUAGUGCUCAAACAUCUCCAAUACAUGUUAUACAAAAAUUAAAUCAAUCAUGCAUACAAGUUUCAUCAACAAAUGGUCGAACAUAUAGACCAAAAGAUUGCGAAAAUCUUAUUUUAUAUGUUAAAGAUAUUAAUUUACCUAAACUUGAUAAAUGGGGUACAAGUCAAUUAAUCGAAUUUUUACAACAAAUAUUAAUUUAUAAUGGUUUUUAUGAUGAUAAUCUUGAAUUUGUUAAUCUUGAAAAUAUUCAAAUAGUUGGAAGUAUGAAUCCAUCAAAUACACUUGGCAGACAUAAAUUAUCAACACGUUUUACAUCUAUUGUUCGAAUAUGUUCAAUAAAUUAUCCAAAUGAAGAACAAUUACAAAUAAUUUAUGCUAAUUAUUUACAAGCCAUAUUACAACAACAAUUACCAAAUCAUAAAAUUUGGUCAUCACAUGGAAAAAUUCAUCAACUUGCUUUAUCAAUGAUUCAUGUUUAUAAUGAAUUGAGAUCUCAAUUUAGUCAAGAUGAACAUAGUCAUUAUUUGUUUACACCAAGAGAUUUAACGCGUUGGUGUUUAAGUUUAUUACGUUAUGAUUUUUCAUCAAUAAGAAAUGAUGCAACAGCUGAUAGUUUAAUUGAAGUAUGGACAUAUGAAGCAUGUAGAUUAUUUAAAGAUCGUUUAGUUGGAAAUGAAGCACAAGAUAAAUUUGAUCAAAUCAUUGAUAAAACAUUAAAAACUGAUUGGUCAUCAAAUGCUUUAAGUUCAUUAAGAGAAUCAUAUUUUGUAUCUUGGGUAAACAGUGGUAAUCGUCGAGCACUUCCGCCAGCUGGUCGUAUAUUAACACGUUUAACAAGCAAAGAUCUUGGACCAUUUAUUGAACGUGGUAUUACUCGGUAUCGUUCGGAUUAUCGUGAUACAGAUGUAUUUAUAUUUCGUGAAAUUCUUAAUACAAUUGUUCGAUGUGAUCGUGUAUUAACAACACCUGGUGGUUCAUUAUUAUUAGCUGGUAGAAGUGGUGUUGGUCGUCGUACAGCUAUUGGUAUUGUUGCAUCAAUGAAUAAUAUGAAAUUAUUUUCACCUAAAGUUAGUCGAUCAUAUGGAAUAAAACAAUUCAAAAAUGAUUUGAAAGUGAUUUUACAAAGUGCAGGUGUUGAAGGUGAACAAUGUGUUUUAUUAAUGGAAGAUUAUCAAUUUAUUGAAUCAACAUUUGUUGAAUUAAUUAAUAGUCUUUUAUCGGCUGGUGAAGUUCCUGGACUUUAUACACCAGAUGAAUUAGAAUCAAUUUUAUCUCCAUUACGUGAAGAAUCAUCUCAAGAAAACUUUCGUGGUACAAUGGUUCAAUAUUUUGCACAAAGAGUAAAAACAAAUUUACAUAUUGUAUUAAUUAUGGAUUUUACUCGACCAACAUUUACGGUAGCAUGUCAAAGUAAUCCCGGAUUUUUCAAAGAAUGUUCUGUACAAUGGAUGGAAGGAUGGUCUGAAAAAUCGAUGACUAAAAUUCCAUCUAUGUUAUUUUCCAAAGAUCGUUCUGAUGAAGCUAUGAAAGAUGGUUUUACAGAAAAAAUAAAUUUAGAUGAAGAUUUAUCAAAAUUAUUUUAUUAUAUUCAUCAAUCAAUGGAAAAAAAAUAUUUAACACCAAGACGUUAUUUAAUUUUACUGGAAACAUAUCGACAAGUUUAUUUAUCUAAACAUCAUGCAAAUGUUAAAAGACAAAAACAUUUAAAAUCCGGUGUAUCGAAAUUAAGUGAUGCAAGAAAAGUUGUUGAUGAUUUAAAACGUAAUGCAGAAGUUAAACAAAAAGAACUUGCAAUAAAACAACAUGAAGCUGAUGAAGCUUUAAAACAAAUUACUAAAAGCAUGGCUGAUGCUGGAACACAAAAAAACGAAAUGGAACAACUUAAAGUAAAAGUAAAUGAAGAAACAUCUUAUAUCGAACGUCAAAAACGUGAAAUUGAUGAUGAAUUAGCUGAGACUCAACCAUUAAUCGAUCAAGCUAAACAAGCUGUUGGUAAUCUAAAAUCGGAUACAUUAGUCGAAAUACGUUCAUUACGUGCACCACCUGAUGUUAUCAAAGAUAUUCUCGAAGGUGUACUUAAAUUAAUGGGUGUAUCAGAUACAUCAUGGACAUCAAUGAAAGCUUUCUUAGGCAAACGUGGUGUAAAAGAAGAAAUAAUGAGUUUUGAUCCUCGAAAUGUAGUACCAGAAAAUCGUGAUUCAGUUGAACAAUUAUUACGUAAAAAGUCGGAUUCAUUUACACAAGAAAAUGCUGCUAAAGCAUCACAAGCAGCUGGUCCACUUGCUACUUGGGUUAUUGCUAAUGUUAAAUAUUCGAAAGUCUUAGAAAAAAUACGUCCAUUGGAAGAAAAACAAAAUAAAUUAAAAAAGAGUUUAGAAAGUUCAACACGAAAAAUGGAUGAAUUAAGUCAUGAAUUAAAAUUAGUUGAUGAUAAAGUUGAAAAAUAUCGAGCAACAUUUGAAAAGACAACAAAUGAAGCGCAACGUUUAAAAGUUGAUUUAGAAAAAGCAAACGAAACAAUUGAAGCAGCACAAAAUCUUGUUGGCAAACUUGAAGGAGAAUUUCAUCGUUGGUCAACUCAAGUUCAUGAUCUUGAUGAACAAUUAAAAAUUUUACCUAAACUUUCUUUAUUAUCUGCUGGUUUUAUAACAUAUUUAGCUAGUCAAUCAGAAGAUAAACGUCUUGAUUAUAUGAAUCAAUGGAAACAAACAUUAAAUGUUGAUGAAAAAUUUGAUGUAAGAAAAUUUUUAUCAACUGAAAGUGAACAGUUAGGAUGGAAAAGUCAAGGUUUACCAUCUGAUGAAUUAUCUAUGGAAAAUGCUAUGGUUAUUCUUCGUUCACAAUUAUGUCCAUUUCUUGUUGAUCCAUCAUCACGUGCAACUGAAUGGUUAAAAAUACAUUUAAAAGAUAAAAAAAUUGAAGUUAUUAAUCAACAAGAUAAUAAUUUUACAACACAAUUAGAAUUAGCUGUACGUUUUGGUAAAACAUUAAUUGUACAAGAAGUUGAUGGUGUUGAACCAGUACUUUAUCCAAUAUUAAGAAAAGAUUUAGCUGCACAAGGACCAAGACAUGUCGUACAAAUUGGAGAAAAAAUUAUUGAUUAUAAUUCAGAUUUUAGAAUUUAUUUAACAACAAGAAAUCCAACACCAGAAUUAUUACCUGAUAUGGAAGCUAUUGUUAAUGAAGUUAAUUUUACAACAACACGUGCUGGACUUACUGGACAGCUUUUGGCAACAGCUAUUCAACAUGAAAAACCUGAAUUAGAAGUUCGUAAAACAGAAUUACUUCGAAAAGAAGAAGAACUUAAAAUUGAAUUAGCUAAAUUAGAAGAUCAAUUACUUGAAGAUUUAGCCAAUGCAACUGGUAAUAUUUUAGAAAAUAAAGAAUUAUUACAAUCAUUAAAUAAAACUAAAGAAAAAUCAGCAACAAUAACAAAUUCUCUAGAAGAAUCUCGUAAACUUGGAGAAGAUCUUGAUAAAGAAAGAAAUGAUUAUUUACCUCUUGCUAAGCAUGGAAGCAAAUUAUUUUUUGUUAUAUCAGAUUUAGCCAAAGUAAAUAAUAUGUAUCAAUUCAGUUUGGCUGCAUUUUUACGUUUAUUUCAACGAAAUCUUGAACGAACAGAUAUUAAUAGAGGUUCAUCACAAGAUCGAACCUUAUCUUUAGCGAAAAGUCAAAUACGUAUGGCUUAUAAUUAUGUAACUCGAUCACUUUUUAAAUCUGAUCGUUUAAUGUUUGCAAUGCAUUUAGCACAUGGAAUGUUCCCAAAAAAAAUUCCUGAUAAUGAAUGGGAACAUUUUAUUGGUUUAUCAGUUGCUGAUGUCAAGGAAGUACGAACAUUACCAUCAUGGGUUAAUGAAGAACGAUCAUAUGAUGUAUCUGCAUUUAAAACGAAUUUUUCUCAACUAUUUUCAAAUCUUCGCUUUGAUGAUGAAUCAUGGUCACAUUGGAAUUCAAUCAAUGAUUGUGAAUUACAUUUUCCUGAAGAUAAACAUUUAACACUAUUUGAACAAAUAUUAGUUAUACAAGCAUUUCGACCUGAUCGUUUAGAAAGUGCAAUGAAACAAUUUUCAUGUGAUUUAUUAGGAAUUAAAGAUAUAUCGCCUGAAACAUUAAAUUUAAGAAAACUUUAUACAAAAGAAACAAUUUCAACAGAACCUAUUUUAAUUAUUAUUUCACCUGGUGCAGAUCCAUCAGCUGAACUUAGAGAUUUAGCUAUAGAAAUAACCGGCAAAGAUCGAUAUUCAGAGAUUGCUAUGGGUCAAGGUCAAAUGCAAAUAGCUCUUGAUUUAUUAAAGAAAUGUUCAAGUCAAGGUUCAUGGUUAUGUUUAAAAAAUCUUCAUUUAGUUACAUCAUGGUUAUCAACACUUGAAAAAGAAUUAAAUGCAUUAAAACCUCAUAAAGAUUUUCGUUUAUGGUUAACAUCAGAAAUUCAUCCAAAAUUUCCAACUAUAUUAUUACAAUCAAGUAUUAAAAUAACAUAUGAAGCUCCACCGGGUGUUAAAAAAAAUCUUUUACGUACAUUUGAAAUUUGGACACCAGACGAAUUUAGUAAAGGAAGUGUUGCACGUUCUCAAACACUUUUUGUUCUUGCUUGGUUUCAUGCUAUUGUACAAGAACGUCGAAAAUAUAUUCCACAAGGUUGGACAAAAUUUUAUGAAUUUUCUCAAGCAGAUUUACGUGCAAGUUAUGAAAUUAUUCAUCGAUUAUGUGAACGAGCCGGACGACAAUCUUCGGGUGAAAUUCAAUGGAAUUAUAUUCAUGGUUUAUUUGAUCAAGCUGUUUAUGGUGGUCGUGUUGAUAAUCCAAUUGAUACAGAUGUAUUAAGGUCCUAUUUAAUUCAAUAUUUUAAUGCAGCUAUUAUUGGUGGAGCAAAAGGAUUAAAGACUAGAUUAGCAUCGAAUAUUACUUUACCAAAUUCAACAGAACUUCAUGAUUAUAAAAAAAUUUGUGAUGAAUUAAAUGAUGAAGAUACACCGAGUUUAUUUGGUUUACCAGCGAAUAUUGAACGAUCAGCACAAAGAAUGAAUAGUACACAAAUAAUAAAUUCUUUAAAAAUUCUUCAACGUACUGAUGUUGAAGUACAAAAAUUUGAUAAAGAUAAAUGGAGUGCAUUAUUAACACCAUUGCUUAAUCUAUGGAAGAAAUUAAAUCAAGAUGUAGAUUUAUUAAAACUAAGAGUUCAACCACCAGUUGAAGAUGGUUCAUUAUCACCAAUUCAAUCAUUUCUUCAAUUAGAACGUUACAAUGGUAUUCAAUUAGUUCAAACAAUUCAUGAAAAUUUAGCUUCAUUAUCAAAAGUUAUUCGAGGUAUUAGCUUAAUUACAAAUGAAAUACAAGAAUAUGCCAAAGACUUACUUCAAAAUGAGACUCCACAAACAUGGCAAGAUCGUUGGGAAGGUCCGACUGAUUCCCUGCAAUACUUGCGUGCUGUUGUAUCAAAAGCAAAAGCAAUGCAACAAAUAAUAACAUCAAUAAAAGAUCAAGAUAUAUUUUCUCAAACAAUUAAUUUAUCAGAUCUUUUUCGUCCAGAUACAUUCUUAAAUGCAUUAAGACAACAAACAGCACGAGCAACAAAACAACCCAUGGAUACAUUAGUAUUAAAUACAUCAUGGUCUGGAGAACUUAAACAUGGAAAAAAUAUUUCAAUUAAAAUAACUGGUUUACAAUUAGAAGGUUGUUUAUUUGAUGGUGGUCGUUUAAGUGAAAGUGCACCUGAUUCACCAAGUGUUAAUGCAUUUCCAGCAUGUUAUAUUGCUUGGAUACCUCGGGAUAAUGCACAACAAGAAACACGUGAAAUCAUUUCAUUACCAGUAUAUUUUAGUGCAGAUCGAGAUAAAAUAGUCACACGAUUAAAUGUUCCAUGUGGUAGUGAUAAAGACAAAUGGUUACAAUGUGGAGCUGCACUGUUUCUUAAAAAUUUUUGA